AUGGCGGAGGUCGCCUCCAAGCUACCACAGCAGCUUAUAUCACUAGAAAGCUUACACUUGAACUCUCCCGCAUUCAUACAGGGUUUGAAAGAGCACACUGUCAAGGAUCUCAAGUGGGUUGGUCAGACAAAGAAAGGGCAACUCGAACAUAUCCUUCAACUCCAGGGAAAGAGUUUGCAGAGUGUGGAGUACAGAUGCGGCGAGGCUGUGUGCUCAGACUGGCCACAGCACGUGAAUCUAUCCGCGAUUGGAGAGCUUGCACCGCAGCUGCAGCACAUCAGCCUCAACAUGCCGCGCGUCAACGGUACAUGGCCUUUGAAAGAACUCGAAAGCUUGGCCAGUAUACCAUCACUCACAUCUAUGGAAUUGUAUUUCCGAUUACAGUCUGAUUGCGAACUAUACGGGCAGUAUCUCGGUCGCUGUCACAGAUGUGGCAAGGCGUAUCGAGAAUGGAAGCACGAGAAUUGGGAGACGGGACAUUGCCUGGGCGAGCAGAGAUACGCAUCGCCCCUGUUGAAUUCUACCACUGCGCAGGAAAUGUUUACAUACCUACGGCUUAACAAAGUUGGUGCUGAGCUUAGAGAGAUAACAUUCAAGGCUGGUGAUUGGGCGGGACCGUACGAUGGGCCAUUACGUUUAGAUAUGUUUCUCGACGGCAAGUGGGUGAAAGUGACCUGCAAAGCAGAUUCUGGGGGGGAUUUGUGCGAUUACGAAGACCAGUACACCCAGGGAACGGAAGACCUAUGGUAA